CUGAUGUCUCUGCUUUAUGACCGUGGCUGGAUGGAGUCAGGAGGAAGAGUUCUCCACUGAGAAGCAAUAGAUGCUCUAUGCCCAGGUCUCUGUGGCUGGGCUGUUCCAGCCUGGCGGACAGCAUGCCUUCGCUGCGAUGCCUGUAUAACCCAGGGACUGGCGCACUCACAGCUUUCCAGGAUUGGAACUGCUAAAGUGUGGCGCAAAGCCUCCAUCAUGAAUCACUUAUGUCCAAUGGCCAAAGGCCCCAGGCAAGAAAAACACUCCUUUUAGAAUUCCUCAGAGAGAGAAGACUGUAAUAAUGGCGAACCCCCUAGGAAGAUAAUACCAGAGAAGAAUUCACUUAGACAGAAAGAGGCUGCUGUUGGAUGCAGAGCAAAGGAUGACAGCCACUGAGGCUCUGACUUACUCCUACUUCAAGUCCAUGAGUGAUAUAGAGGAUGACUUCAGUGCUGUACCAUUUUACAUUUCCAUUAACAACUUAUAACAGCUGUGCCAGACUCUGCUUAAACCAAGAAACAGUAUGUCUAGCAAGCACUGCUAUGAAGACUGAAAAUUGUGUGGCCAAAACAAAACUUGCCAAUGGCACUUCCAGUAUGAUUGUGCCCAAACAACGGAAACUCUCGGCAAGCUAUGAGAAGGAAAAGGAACUGUGUGUCAAAUAUUUUGAGCAGUGGUCAGAAUCCGAUCAAGUGGAAUUUGUGGAACAUCUUAUAUCCCAAAUGUGUCAUUACCAGCAUGGGCACAUAAACUCGUACCUUAAACCUAUGCUGCAGAGGGAUUUCAUAACUGCUCUGCCAGCUCGGGGUUUGGAUCACAUUGCUGAGAACAUUCUGUCAUACUUGGAUGCCAAAUCACUAUGUGCUGCUGAGCUUGUGUGCAAGGAAUGGUACCGAGUAACAUCCGAUGGCAUGUUAUGGAAAAAGCUCAUCGAGAGAAUGGUCAGGACAGAUUCUCUGUGGAGAGGCCUGGCAGAACGAAGAGGAUGGGGACAGUAUUUAUUCAAAAACAAACCUCCUGAUGGGAAUGCUCCUCCCAACUCUUUUUAUAGAGCACUUUAUCCUAAAAUCAUACAAGACAUUGAGACAAUAGAAUCUAAUUGGAGAUGUGGUAGGCAUAGUUUACAGAGAAUUCACUGCCGAAGUGAAACAAGCAAAGGAGUUUACUGUUUGCAGUAUGAUGAUCAGAAGAUAGUAAGCGGCCUUCGAGACAACACUAUCAAGAUCUGGGAUAAAAGCACGUUGGAAUGCAAGAGAAUUCUCACAGGCCACACGGGUUCUGUCCUAUGUCUCCAGUAUGACGAGAGGGUGAUUAUAACUGGAUCAUCGGAUUCUACUGUCAGGGUGUGGGAUGUAAAUACAGGUGAAAUGCUAAACACGUUGAUUCAUCAUUGUGAAGCAGUUCUGCACUUGCGUUUCAAUAAUGGCAUGAUGGUGACCUGCUCCAAAGACCGUUCCAUUGCUGUAUGGGAUAUGGCCUCCCCAACUGACAUUACCCUCCGGAGGGUGCUAGUCGGACACAGAGCUGCCGUCAAUGUUGUAGACUUUGAUGACAAGUACAUUGUUUCUGCAUCUGGAGAUAGGACUAUAAAGGUAUGGAACACUAGUACUUGUGAAUUUGUGAGGACCUUAAAUGGACACAAACGUGGCAUCGCCUGUUUGCAGUACAGAGACAGGCUGGUGGUUAGUGGUUCAUCUGACAACACUAUCAGAUUAUGGGACAUAGAAUGUGGUGCAUGUUUACGAGUGUUAGAAGGCCAUGAGGAAUUGGUGCGCUGUAUUCGAUUUGAUAAUAAGAGGAUAGUCAGUGGAGCCUAUGAUGGGAAAAUUAAAGUGUGGGAUCUUGUAGCUGCUUUGGACCCCCGUGCUCCUGCAGGGACUCUCUGUCUACGGACGCUUGUGGAGCAUUCUGGAAGAGUUUUCCGACUCCAGUUUGAUGAAUUCCAGAUUGUCAGUAGUUCACACGAUGACACAAUCCUCAUCUGGGACUUUCUAAAUGAUCCAACUGCCCAAGCUGAACCCCCCCGCUCCCCUUCUCGAACAUACACCUAUAUCUCCAGAUAAAUGAUCGUACACUGACCUCAUACUGGCCCAGGACUCAUUAAAGUUGCGGUAUUUAACGUAUCUGCCAAUACCGGGAUGAGCAACAACAGUAACAAUCAAAAUAUUACCCACUUUCCCCGGACUAGCCGAGGAGUGGGGCUUUGAGACUCCUGUUGGGACACAGUGGUCUGCAGUCGACUCAGGAGGGUCUCCUCAGCACAGCUGACUGCUCCCGUGCUGCUAUCAGAUGUCUUUUAUCUUUCGUGAAUGAUUAGAACUUUUAAACCUCACCUCACUUCCCCUCCUCCUUGCCCCUGUGCACCUGUUUUUUCCUCAUUUGGUUCCAGACAAAGAUGACUUAUAAAUAUAUUUAAUGUUUUGCCAGAAUCUCUCUUGCUUUGCCGUUAAGCAGAAGAACUAGUUUCCCUAUAUAGCCUGCUGGGAAAGACCCACUUCUAGGGGAGAGGGGGAUGCAACUUCAAGCCAGACAGCACCCCGUGUCUCCCGGGAACUACAGGAAUGCCCAGCGCCUGGCAAGCUCAGCGAGCCCCACUGUGCUUAGGAGACACGGUCCUGAAAGAGAGACAAGAAGAAUGAGCACACUUGAUGAUCUGGGCCUCUUUCCUCCAUCUCUUCUCUCUGUUUCUGUCCCUCUCCCUCCUCUCUCCACCCCUUCAGCUGUUCUCUGCUCCGCCUGAGAACGAGGAUGAAGAAAGUGUCAUCAGUUAGCAUGAGGCAACUCGGCUAGAAAAUGCAACACUUGGAAAGAGUUAAAUGCUGUUCAGUUAAAAUUUCAAAAUGAGGCUUUUGCUAUAAGUGACCCUCUAUGACAAUAACGGGUUCUCAGACAUGGUACUUCCACAUUUGCAACUCUCCUCUCUUCUCCUAACGCCCUCUCCCCAAAAAGGGGGCAGAGAUUUCCUGGGCUCCAUCAAUGGCCACAUCUUUUCUGGACUCAGCGGUCUCCUCGAUUCCAUGUAGAGUGUGAAAAGGAGCUGCUGAUUGCAUUUCCUCUCAUUAACAAUUAGAUGUGUAAUAAAAAGCAUUGUACUUCAUCUUAAAUCACUGGUAAGGCUCAGCCUACAGGAAGGCUUGAAAUGGCCGCAGCCAGUCGCUUGGUACGCUCUGCAUAAUUUCACAUCUCAGAUCUCCUCGGGGCCUGUGAGUGCCCAGGCACCUGUGUCUUUGCGACCACCGUCAGAGUAGCUUAAGAGGUGGUCGGGAUUAAAAGUUUAUUUCUUUUUCAUUUAGGCCAGUAAAUUCCAUUUCCAAAAAUCAGGCUAGUCAUCUCAACCUUCUGCUUUUCCCAAACCUGGUAUUUUCAAAGGGCAAAGCUGCCGGAGAGAGCAGAUCAGGGUGACGUUUGGCACACAGGGUUUAUUACUGGGGCAGAAACUGCCUUCUCUUUCCUUUUCUCCCUCCUCCUGGGCAUGUUUUACUCUCCACUCUCCCUCAGCCAGUAACUCUGAGAGUUAGUUAAUAACAAGUGGACCUCAGCAAGGGCCAGGGUGACCAGCCACUUGGAAGGCAGCUGUGUGGGAUUCAGGUGCAGGCACCUGUGCCACCCAACCUGGAGCACGGAAUACGACCAGUGUGCGCCCAGCUUGUUUUCUGGGGAGGGGAGUGGGCCUGCACCAGUCAUUUCUGGUGGCACGGCACACCCACCCAAAGCCCUGAGGCCACAGUACAGCCUCAAGUUUUCCUUGGAGGCUGAGCUGUCUGGCCUGUUGUUUCCAUUCCUGAAUGAGCAGUUGAGCAAAAGAAAGUCCCUUUUUAACUGGCAGCUGUAAAAAACAUCAGAAUGGGAGCCAGUUGCAAGUAACCUCAAAGCUAGGCCACCUUUGGUUCUGCAAAGGGGAAAGAUGAGAGAAAGCCAUCUUCCCUCUGGUUUGUAAAAAGGUGUCCUCUUCCCAAAAUGUGUCCAGGCUGAAUGUUGUUAUUACAUAUUAAGAGGUAGGUUAUGCAUAUGCAUUUUUCUUUCCUGCUUUAUGAGUGCUUUUAAGCUUUUAGUUCCAGGUUAUAUUCAGAAAGUAUUUCCCAGUGUGAUGAUAAUGUCAUUGCCUAGGAAAUAUUUUUUGAGAAACAUUCCCUUCCCAACUAUCCAUUCUUUAGAGAAGUGUGUUCUAUCUAGUCGCUUCUCAUGGUUCCUUGUCCAUUGUGUUGACUAUUAAUGCCUUUUUGAUUGGUUGAGAGUUUUGCUACAGAUGAGGCACAAGACCAUCAGCCUAAAAGACACACAGCUCAGGCAUUGAAGAGGCAUGGAUUUUAAGCUGUUUAAAAGUAUUGUCCAAUAGCCAUAACUUUACUAGCCCUUCUGUAAAAUGCUGCUGUUCUAACAUGAGAGCUGUUGACUAUUCAUGGUGCACAGGGCUUGCCUCUCCCGUCGAAGUUCACUUGGAGGUAGCUUGUUUUUAAGACUGUUCUGAAGCUUGUCACAUCAGAAGUGAGAUGGAGGUGGGCCCUUCGGCCUGCGCGGUUCGCUCUGUCGAGGAUCUUCCCCAGGUUGUCCUCCGCCCUGAUGGAAAUGGGAGUGAAGUUAAGUGGUCUGAAAAACUUGAGUCAGUCACAUUUCUCAGCUCGGGGGGUCAUUUACCAGUUCAUUGUAGAAGAAACAAUCAGGUAAGUAAAAGUUCAUUUCCAGAGAAAGUAAACCCCACUUACCAUCUCUGCAUGAUUUCAGUGGGAAUUGAUUAUCACUAAUCCCCAACUGGGCUAGAAUAAAUGUAAAGUUUGACCUUUUUAAAAAAGAGAAACAAAGAAAGUCUCAACACGAUUAAAGGAAUGGUAGAAAGGUGCCGAAGGAGUCUCUGGGCUCUGAAAUGAGAUGUCUCCAUUGUAGAUUAGUCUCUUCCCAUUAGAAUUCCAAUGUGGUUUGAAAGAAAUGUUCCUUCGGGACAGGAGGAAGCCCCUUCAGAGGUGGGCGAGGAGGGUGUGCACGCACUCACCCGGGAGCCCUGUGGGCCGGCGAGCUCCGCUCACCCCCGGGCUGCUCGGACACACCCGCAUGCCUUGCUGCACGUGUGUAUUCCCACCUCAGAACAUCCUUCCACUUCCUAUGUGCAGUCUGAAAGCGGAUGUGGAUUGGGAACGGAAAGCCUUUUACUCUGUCCCUGGGCAAAACCCUGGUGACUCUUCGCCGGAAACUCUAUAGAGACAGGACAGGACCCCUCUGAAACUCUGUUGACAGAUAAUCAAGUCUGGCCCUCGUAACUUGUUUCUGAACUGGAAAGGACCCUGGGACCCCUAAAUCAUUCUGCGUUCUGCUUGAGUAAGAGAAAUCCUGUUUUGUUUUGUUUUUUGUAAAAUCAAAAGCUGAAGAGAAGAAAACAGGCACUCUCCUUGCCGUCGCUUGGUGCCCACUGGUCUGAACACCAUUGUAAGGGGUUGCUGUCCUUGCCUAGCAUUCGAUGGUGUGUGGAAACAAAAGGCUGGGGUGGAGGGGGUGGGGAAUAGUGGAAAUAAUGAAGGCAUUAUUUUCUUGUAAUUUCAAUGUAAAUUAUAUUACAUUGGUAUCAUUAACUUCUUGGUGUCCUCCAUUUACCUUAGAAGGUAAUACCUUCCUGCCGGAGUGAGAGCAGUCCAACCCAGAAGGGUGCCAGCCUGAGGGGCUAGGCUGCAAGCUUGGUUAUGGAGGAAUCCAGGUGCUUUUCGGGAGAAAAGGGGAUGCUUAGAUACCCACCACCUGUGACCAUCACAUUCUCUGAUGAUCAGGUUUACUGUUGGAUUUAAGUCCACAUUUCUGAUCGCCUUGCCCAUGUAGAUGAGUUCAGCAGACUUUCCAAGUGCUAAAGAACAUGAAAAGUGCCCUAUUCCUCCUGCCUUCCUCUCUUCCUCUUAGAGUAACUCUCGCUUUAUCAUGGGCCCCCAGAGCCUGCAGGUGGAGUCCUCCCUGGGCUCCAUACAGCCGUCUCUGAGGGGAAUAAGGCUGAGCUCUGCUUGUUUUUACUUGUACUUCAUUUGUGACUCCAAAUCAUUGGGACUGAGAAGAGAACCCAAAAGAGCAACCUGAUUAUGGUUAUGGUAAUUAUGGCAACCUGAUUUCAAGUGGAACUUAAUGCAUUGAUAACCUUAAACCUUUCCUAUUGGAAGUUGAGUACCUAUGAUUAGGUGCUAAAGUUUCCUGGAGGCAGAUGGCAUUAAACUGUGUGCUCUACAGCCCACCCAGCUGGCUCUCUCAGCUCCUGACAUGUGUGUGCAUGUAAGGAUGAGUGUGGUAAAAAGCAUUAUAAAGCAUCACCUCCCCUCUGUCCCUUUCCCUUCUUGAAGGAAAAAAACAAGGGUUAGACCUCUGGGUACCAAGGAAACUAACACCUCCCCAAGUCAAUGGUCACUCAAGCCCAACCCAGACUGUUCAGGGGGGUGUUCCCUGGACUCUGGCCUGGGGCAGCCUGGCAGCAAUGUGAGCUUCCCUGAACGCUUCCAGUUGGUUCUGCCCUUUGUUCUCUAGACUCUAAGUACUGACUGCUUUGACUUUUGUGAUUCUGUUUUGGUGAUGUGUAGUCAAUGUACCAAUAUGUUCACAACUUAGAAUCAUGGUAAUAUAGUGUGUUUUGGUUUUUUUAACUGUUCAGAAAAAAGUAACUUAAAUUACAAAUAUAAGAUUAAAGUGAA